AUGUAUGAACCAGUUCCGCCUCGUCCAAAAAAAACCAACAUUUGUCGUUCUCGCACGGGGUGUAAAAUGUGCAGACUGAGGCGGAAAAAGUGCAAUGGGGGGAAACCUUGUGACCUCUGUGUGAGGCUCGGGGUAUCUUGCGAGCAGAUCUUCCCGACGUUUGAGUUUCGCAGCAUCUUGGGCCCGUCAAGGUCAACUAAGGCUGGAGUGCGGUCAGACACUUCAAAGUAUCGACCAAGUCCGCCAAAGCACUCACGAUGCUUGCCUCCAAGAAUCGAGGAUGGCUGUAACACUACUUUCGACCCAGAUAGUUUGUCAAAUGCAAUCACUAUCUCUGAUGUCGUUAGAUUCUACAUGAGUGCUUGGAAGAUUCAUUGCUUGCCAGCUUUACAUUUGUCGUUCGAAUCUAUGGAGGCCAUUCGCGGGCAAUCGCCACUCAUCACUGACACCCUGGCAACUCUCGCGGCCAGUCGCCUGAGUCGAAAACUGCCGCAAAGACGAUUGCUCAAGGUAUCUGACUCACCAUUGUUCGGUUUCCGACCAGAUUCUGGCCAUGAAUGUUUAAGCAGCGAGCUGUACGGCUCUGCCCUGCGCAAAAUGUCAUGCUGGAGCUCUGAGGAAUUCGACUUGAGCCCAAUGCUGGCCUUUGCCGCGUUGGUCCUUUUCUGCUAUGUUGAAUCCUCAAUGGGCAACUUUAAAGAAUUUUACAUCCAUUCCCAGGGCGUAGAAAUUCUUUUGAAGAAGUCCGCUUAUAUUAUCUUCCCUAACGGCGCUGGCCUGCUUGCGGCUUGGGUGGAAGUCAAGAUGCAGAAUUGGUGGCGCAGGGCAUAUUUUGGGGUUCCUGAGUUCUUCCAGGACUAUUUCAAUCCGUUACUCAGUCCAGAACUGCAGUUUAUUUCGAACACAGAAAGUGGUCGUUCUGCCACCAUUCUUUGGAUUCUUUGCGAGUCGCAUCGUCUCAACACCGCCGCUCUCAUUGCAGACUAUACAGUCGCAAACUUUAUGAACAAUGCCACUCCGGCAUCAGAGAACCUAUUUCUUUUCGGUGAGUUUGUGGCCAUGACUAAGGUCUACUCGGAGAGGCUAGAUGAGUGGCGCGCGUCCCUACCAGACUUGAUAGAGAUUGAGGGAAAUCUGAACCGUAUGAAACAUCUUGACUUGAAAUGUCCUGAAAAUGGAGCUAUAUACUUCCCGUCUCACAAGUUGGCCAUGAACAUGGCUUAUUACGUGGUUGCCCGCAUCAUGCAUUGCGCCGGACCGCUACAGACCUUUACCACCGCGUCUAUCAAAAAUAUCGAUGGUUUUUACGAGGAAAUAGAGGCUUGGAUCUUCAUCCUGCUGAGAAUCGCUGCUGGAAUCAACUGGCAGGACUGUGUUUGCCUCAACGCUUACACCAUAGGGUUUGCUGGACUAUUGCUCUCAUGUGCUCUCUGUUCUCGAAGUCUUGAAACUGGACUUUGGAUCCAGGAGUGGUUGGAAGAACGUCUAGAACAGGGCGGAAUUGAGGAGGGAAACUUCCCUGUGUUUCAAAUUCUGGAUGCGGUACGACUCAUCAAUCGCGAACGCAGGAACGGCUUUGAUGUGGUUGUGUUGUUUCAAACCGUGGAUGAUGAAGGUGGUAUGGGCAAGUUUGGCUCGUAUUCCAGCCAGUUUAUUAAGUCGAUGUUGGUCUACGGAAGGUGUAGAAGAACGGGGGAGUUGGGCUCAUACCAUGUGUCAACAGAGAGCUUGGUUGCGCCCAAAUAG